ACCGUGUGUUAUCGUCCUCCGUUCAAACCGAUCUGAACAGAUAUUAAAACCCUAGCAAUCAGGCGGCUUUGCAAAUUUCUUUCUCAUGGCCAUCCUCCUCCGUUGUCUGCGUUUGGGCGGCAGAAAGAUAUGCAAUACGAAGAAAUUAGGCUUCGUUGCCUCACAUCGUCCUAUUCCUUCGUGGUCUUUUUUCACCACCACCACUGGAACCACCACGCUUCCUGCAGAGGAGGGAAGUCUAGACGAGCAUCAUCAUAUGAAAGAAGCUGUAGGAGACGGUUUGGAAAAUUUAGGGGUUGCGUCAUCGGAGAAGCAGCGAGACGCUGAGAUAAAACCUCGCGUGGAACUCCUGGCCCGAUUCGCUGCGUUCAGCAUCCGUGACGAGCAAAAUGCUAAGAAGAUUGAGUUUAAAAGGGUGGGGAGCGCUAAGGUUCAACUGGUCAGAGAUGGCCGAUUAUACUAUUUUACUAUAGAGGCACUGGUUGGUGGGGUCAAAAAGUUCUACGAAGCUCAUGUUCUUGAUACCCUCAUCGAAAGAAACAGCAUCUCCUUGAUAGAAUGGUGCGAGGUCAAGUCUCCUCCUAAGUCGUCCACCUCCUCCUCCUCUUUUGAUUCUCCACAAAAUGGUUUCAAGUUGAAGAAGAUUGAAGGUUCUGUAUGAUUGCUUAGUAAAUUGGAAUUAUCAAUUUUGAGUUUGCAUUUUUUAUGUGACACUAGGAAGCAAUGUCUUGAACUCACAUUGUCUUAUUUGUAGAUCCUGAUAUAGGAUUCAGAACCCGUGCGUGUUGAUCUAAGAUUCCUCAGAGAUCGUUGUUUAAGAAACUAGAAAUUUAUGUGAUUGAAUCCAAAGCAUCAUAGCACCACCUAAACUAUGUAAAUCAGAAUAUUCCGAUAAUUUUGCACUUCCAAAUCGAUCCCUAUCAGCUUUUUGUCAAAAACCACAAUUAAUGGAUUUCUUUGUGUGAUGGCGCCCUGACUCCUGAGUGUGUCUCUCAUCGUCGAUACCCAUUAGGAUUUCUAUAUCAGUUUGUUUUCUCCAAAUCUAGAAAACGGAAGAUGAAUGUGGCGAAGUUUCAGGUAUGGCAGCCUUAUAAGAAGAAGGUAUAUUUGAAUGAGAGAAACAAUAGUAGGGAGAGAGAAUAUCAAAUAUAUUGUUUUCUAAAGGGUAUUUUCUGUAACAUAUAAGGGUAAAAUAGUAAAAUUACAAGAAAAACUAAUGGAGUUGGACGAACAUCCAGUUUAGGGGUGUAGUUUGGUAGCUUUUGAAAAGUUGAGGGGUAUCUUUUGAGAUAUUUAGAUAGUUCAGAAGGGAUUAGUGCAUUUUUGCCAAUCUAUCCUUAUUCAUCAUGUUUGCCAGUGUUUUCUGCCUUUUGUCUGUUAUCUUCUACUGCCUUUCUUCCUGUGGCUAUUCUCAUUGUUUCUUGAUUUCUCAGCAUGGAUCGAAGCUAAAGCAAUGGAUUGUCUUUCUUAUGAGGGGCCCAAAUUUUUUUUUUUGGGUGGAAAUUACUUGACUUCAUAACAGCACCCUUGUUUCCACCAGCAAUUAUGUAUCACUGUUGGCUCAUAUACAUGUGUGUACAAGUACUUGUAAUAAACUACAUCAUCCAAUACAAAUCCAUCCUACCAAAUGUAGUAAAAUUAGGCACCCCUCUUUCUCUCUCUAGAACAACACUUCCUCUCUCUCUCUCUCUCUCUUACUCGCCUUCGCCAGAAUUUCGACUCUUUGAGCAAGCAGUGAUAUACAAUUGCAGGUGAAACAAAGGUAGAUUCAACACAUGAUCAGUCCCACUCCCACCCUAGAUUUGUCAAAUAAUUUGUACAAUUCCCUUAAUUUUCUUCUUUUUUCUUUAUUUUUAAAAUUUUGAUUUUGUAUGUGUUGUUAAUUGUGGGAUGAAAAUGCACAUCAACUGUAUUUUCUAAAGAAAUGACACGAUGAUCUAAGCAUGAGAAUUGGGUAGCAUUGAUUUGAGUUUGUGCAAAUGAUUAAUGGAUAUAAUCUAAUACCAUUUAGGGGUUCAACAAUUUAUGGGGAUUUUGAUAAUGUGUAAGGGUAGGCCUGUCUAAUUAUAAAAUAAUUCAAUAUAAGAAGGGCAUUCUACUAAAUAAAUAUCAAAUGGUCACUUGUAAAUUUGGUGACUAUUCAUCUUUUUAUUUUUACUUUAUGGUUACUUCAGAGCAACUAAAGUCAAAUUGUUUCGUAAAAGCAUAUAUAGGAAAUGAUGCGAAUUAAUUUUGCCCAAACCUCAUUGGGUAUUAUGAUUACCCUGUUUCUGUAUCUCCAACAUAUUGUUACAUUACAUAAAUAAGAAUGAACAUUUGUCUAAAUAUAUUUGAUAUAAGGUUUUCAGUGUAUUUUAGGGUAGGCUUGUCUAAUUAUAAAAUAAUUCAAUAUAAGAAGGGCAUUCUACUGAAUAAAUAUCAAAUGGUCACUUGUAAAUUUGGUGACUAUUCAUCUUUUUAUUUUUACUUUAUGGUUAUUUUAGAGCAACUAAAGUCAAUUUUUUUCAAAAAUUGAUUUUGUUGAGUUUUUUUAUUUAUUUUAUUAUUAUUUUUUUUUUGAAAUUUCAAAUUAUUUAGUGUUUUUGUAACCUUUUGUUUGUGUUAAAAUAAAAAGGUUCUUAGCUUCUAGAAUAUAAGUAGUGAUAGAGAAACCGAAACAAAGACCUAAAAGAGUUACCGAAUGUGACAUGGCUUGGCUACGUCAGACUAUUUAAAUAAACAUUUCUCUAUGCAAUAAAACUGAAAAAAAUAAAAAAUAAAAAAUUCUUGGAAAGAAUAUCCAGACUCUCGUCGUGGAAAGCAUAGACUUUCUCUCUCACAUACACAAUGCUUCACUUCCCUUCUUUACUGCAGAACUUGGAGAGAGAAAAAUAGGGAUGAAAGAGACUCUGGGGAGAGAAACAGGGAAUCAAAGUGCCUACACUUUAACUCUCAAAUCGAUUAUUUUCGGGUCUCAUCUCACACACAUAUAUAGUAUGUAUAGGUAUAAAGCUCUUGAUCCAAUUUCUGUAUUUUUUGUGAACACAAUGUCUUAUAAGAAAUUGACUAUUUCAGGUUUUAUCUCUUAUAUACAUAUGUGUGUUUUGUGUGUGAAAUUUAUCUGACCCAAGAAGUAGAAGAAACCAAGAUACGCUUUACACUUCAAGAUCCAAAAACCCAUUCGAAGGACGAGUCCACAAAGAUCAAGAAAUCCCUUCGAUCAUGGUGAUGGGGUCGCCGUGGUAGCGCCCUCAAGGGAUCAAUGUCCGGUCCAGUGUAUAUUACUGAAAGCCGGAGAGGGUCAGCCAAGCCCCACCAGACCACCAACCGGCCGUCAUUGGAGUCGCUUACCAGAACCCAGACACCGAUGUGGAUGUGGCAGGUGGAGUUACCGUACAUGAGCCGUCCAUGGAUUUGAUCUGAUUUUUCCUGUUUUUUAUUCUCUCACACGUAGAGAGGAUGCUGAAAGAUUCUGACGUGGCUAGGCCACGUCAAAUUCGGUGCUCAUUCGGUGCCAACUUUUCAGUUCCUUUAUCAUUAUUCGUAGAAUGUACAAGGCUUUAUAAUAUUCAAUUCUUUGAUACAAAAUUUAGGAAAAUUGACUCCUCAUUGGUCAAUGACAUUGGCCGAAGAAAACAAAAAAGUGGUCAAGAAAGACAGUAAAUCAAGAUGAUUAAAGUGGUCAUUUUUUCGACUGAGAUA